AUGGCUCCAGCUUUGGUCGAGAGUACUCUCACAGACCGCACCAUCGACAAACUUGCCGAGGAAGUCAUCAAGAAAGAUUCGCUGCAAAGUGAGAAUUCCAAGGAAGCCUUCGCUCAAGGUUCAUCCACGACAAACUACGAGAUUGAGUUAAAGGGCGAUGCGAAGCACCCUCCAGCGAAAUACCCACAUUACCUACCGUACUGGGAGGAUGAGAAGUUCCCUCCGUAUGAGCCCUUUGAGCCAGUCGAACCCGGCCUCAAUGCCGACCCAACAUUCCCAAACCUCCUUGCGGGAGGUGAAGUGAAGGAACUUACGGCCAACAUCGGAGCUGAAGUCACCGGAAUUCAGCUCUCCAAGCUCAACAACGCCGGCAAGGACGAGCUCGCCCGCUUCGUUGCCAAGCACAAAGUCGUAGCUUUCCGUAACCAGGACUUUGCCGAUCUCCCAAUCCAGGAGGCUCUCGACUUCGCUGAGUACUAUGGUCCCUCGCACAUUCAUCCAGCUUCGGGCGCGCCAAAAGGAUUCCCUAAAGUCCACCUGGUGCAUCGAUCCGCGAGCGAUACCACCGCCCUCGACUACUUCCAAGAGCGUACCAACAGCAUCACAUGGCACAGCGACGUCACCUAUGAGAUGCAGCCUCCUUCCACAACCUUUCUCAUACUCCUUGAUGGACCAACGGCCGGUGGCGACACUCUGUUCGCAAACAUGGCGGUGGCAUACCGCCGACUCUCUCCAGAAUUCCAGAAGCGUCUCCACGGUCUCAAAGCAGUCCAUUCAGGCCACGAACAAGCUCAGCAAGCCCUUUCCCGGGGAUCCAUCGUUCGCCGCGAUCCAGUCUCCAACAUCCACCCAAUCGUACGGACACACCCGGUCACAGGCGAGAAGUCUCUGUUCGUGAACCCACAAUUCACGCGACGGAUUGUCGGAUUCAAGAAGGAGGAGUCAGAUUUCUUCCUGAAAUUCUUGUAUGACCACAUCGCCCUCGGUGCUGACUUCCAGGCCCGCGUCAAAUGGGAGAAGGGAAGCGUAAUUAUAUGGGRCAAUCGUUCCACUGCUCACACUGCCAUCCUUGACUGGCAGGAUGGCCAGAGAAGGCAUCUUGCAAGGCUUACACCAAGAGCGGAGCGGCCUUUUGAGACUCCUUUCGAAAGUACCUAG